AUGGCCGAGAACCUGACGCGAAUGCCGAACCUGAGAAUCCUCAAGCUCGAACUGGCGCAAUCCGAACGAACAGGCCCUCAGUACAUAUUCCCUCCCGGCUGGGCAGGCGGAUGUCCGUGGCCAAAGCUGGAGGUCCUGUUGGUCGCCAAUCCGCACCCAGACGACGAGCUGUACGACCACUUGCCAUCUAGCCUCGAGGAGCUCACCCUGCGAUGCUUCCCCCGGUACUACACCGUGAACGGCCCGAAGACUCACGACGUCCAUAACAUGGAGAGGAAUCAUUGGGCCGUGUCCCCGCUCACAUCUACCGAGAUGCUGCGUCUCCUGCGGCGAUGCGGCGGCUCACUUGUCCGUCUCCGGUACCUCGACAUGGAGUUCGUAGCGUCUUCCGAAGACGCUCCGCUCCUGCGUUACGUUGCAGCCGCAUUCCCAUCAUUGACGUUUCUCCAAUUUUGUCGCUAUCAUACGGACACGGAGCGUAAUGAUGCGGCGUCUUGGGCCGCUCUUGGAAAUGCCCUCAUCCCCUUGACCAAUCUGCGACUGCUCCGGGUCCAUCUCGAUAUGAAAUCGUACACGAACUGGGAGGAGAAGGUUAGAGGAGCAAUCCUCGCACUCGCACAACCCCUCAGUCCCACCGUUCGGUAUGUAUGCUGGCUACUACAGUGGGGAGGAUUCAACGACUGGGAACCGUAUCGCGCUAUCCGCGAUCCCACUACUAAGGAAGUCAUCGACGUCGAGUGCGCAGGCAAGUAUAAACACCUUGAUGGAUACCCGUACGUACCGCUGUCGGUACUCUGA